AUGACACUUGGGGUUUUCCCAGUGUGCUACCAUGAAGAAGCUGCCGGAUCAGAAGUUGCUCCGUACCUGCGUGGUACAGCUCGAGUCCAGCAGGUGGUACUGGAAGGGAACAGGCUGGUGCUGAGCUGCCUGGCUGGAGGGAGCUGGCCCCUGGAGUACCGCUGGAACCUCAACGGCAACAACAUCACCGACUGGUCCAAUCAAUACAGGUUGUUGAUAGAACAGAUGCAGCGUUCUGAUGCAGGCUUAUACCAGUGUUUGGUGAGGAACAGGAUGGGGGCGGCCAUACACUGGAAGACACAAGUGCACGUGGCCUUUGUGGGGAACUACUCGGGUGAGGACCAGAGAAAGACUGUGACCCAAGGCAGGGCGACGGUGCUCAGCCUUCCUCCACUAGCUUCGUAUCCACAACCUGUGGUCACAUGGUACAAGGAUGGUCAGAAAAUCAUCCCCAACAACAGAUUAGCCAUCACAUUGGACAAUCAGCUUGUCGUUUUGGCAACCACAGCGGCGGAUGCGGGACGAUACCAUGCCGACGCGGUAAAUGAACUGACCGGAGAUUCGGUGACCAGCCCGGCCAUCUACGUCAGCAUUUCAGAUCCCGACACGGAGCUUGUUGCCCCGGUGAUCGUGGUGGCGCCCAAAGACACGACAGCAGUAGCGGGGCGGGUGGUGACGCUGGAGUGCAUCGCCAAUGCCAGACCUGUGGAGAAGCUGCUGCUGUCGUGGAAGAGGGACGGGCGGAGAAUAGGAGGCGGCACUCGUCUGGUCCUGACCGCUCCGGACUCUUCAGACGCGGGAAUGUACAUCUGUGAAGCGGCCCUUAGCAACAGCACCACGCGCCCUGUGGAGGCCCGGGCACACCUCACCGUCACAGCGCCCCCUACCCUGGCCAUGCAGCCGAAGAGCAGGACAGUUGGAGACCUGGAGAGGAACGUGGAGAUCCCAUGUGUGGCUACAGGUGUACCCCAGCCGAGGAUGGAGUGGUUCAAAGACACCGUUCCCCUGUCUAAGCUGGCCAACCCGCGGUACAAGGUCACCAUGGCGGCGGGGCUCACGGUGAGGAGGGUCCAGCCCGGUGACGGGGGAGUGUUCCAGUGCAUCGCCCGCAACGCUGCCGGAGAGACGCAGGGCUACACACAGCUACUGGUGUCCAGUGAGCGCCACACGCAGCCUGCAGUAUUCUGUUUGAUGCUAGCUACUUCAAGUAUUGAAUUAGGGUUGAAAUGA